AUGCAAUGCUCAAUCUCAAAGAUCAGCGAUCUGGACCGACUCAACAUCGUUCAUUUUGGGCUGUUCACCUCUCCGCAUUUAAUCACUAGGCGCGAGCGAAUUUGUGUCAACUCAGAGCCCCUGUCGGAAGCGAAGUUUGCAAAGUACUUCUUUGAGAUCUGGAAUGCUCUGGAGCUUACCGCAGCAGCAGCAGCAACACCGCGGGGUGGGCCAGGUGACACCCCUGCCAAGCCUUCAUACGCUCGAUUUCUCACCUUGAUGUCAUUCCACGCUUUCAUGCAAGAGGCAGUGGACACGGCGAUCUACGAAGUCGGAGUUGGGGGGCAAUCGGAUUCCACCAAUAUUGCGUGGCAUAAAGCAGGAAUUUUCAAGAAGGGCUGUCCGGCCUUCACGGUACCUCAGGUCCCACAGGCGAUGGAUGUGCUGCAGGAACGGGCCAUCGAAAUGGGAACCCACCUUAACAUUGUUGAAGUGCUCGCUGCGGUCCACGGUCUUGACAUCAAGCCUGCAGAGCAUUUUCAGAGGCAAAAUGCUUCUUCCGCUGUUAGGUUGGCGGAACCCUCCGACAGACUUUCUGCUUUGUUUGGUCAAGGGCUUGAGAACCUGGAUUGGAAAGGGAGAUGCCAGACCUUGGUCACGGGUCAGCAGCACUGGUAUCUGGAUGGUGCUCACACCCACGAGAGCCUUGAAGUCGCCUGCUCUUGGUUUGGACGGGUAUCAGGGACCAGACACCUGCCGCGGGUGCUAAUCUUCAACCAGCGGCAUUCAUCGAGGGAUUCUAUCGCGCUACUCAGGACUGUUCAUCGUAUCAUAUACACCAAGCUUGGUGUUGUCUUUCAAUACGCGGUUUUCUGUGCGAAUAACACGUACACAGACCAGUCUUGCAAUCUUGAGUUGAUUACUCACAAUGUCAAUCCUGAUGCACUUCAGGGACUGAUCCUACAGAAGAAGUUAGCGACAGUCUGGAAAGAACUAGAUCCUGACUCGGAGGUGACGUGGCUGCCCUCGAUUGAAGAUGCCGUUGACUAUGUCAAAGAGAUUUACAAUGGAGCUUUGAAGGAGCCAGGGGCUGAGAUUUGGGUUACGGGUAGCUUCCAUCUGGUGGGGGGUACUCAUGUUGAAUAUAUGUCACAUGAUCUAGACCCCUUGUCUCUUUGUUGCACUUGUUUCUUUGUUCCUGCGCACCCCCGCUCCUCCUCUCUUCCCUUCUCCCUAUCCAGUCCUAUCUAA